AUUUAAGGUAUGUUUACUGUAAGUACGUAUACGUAUGUUAUGCAUUUAAGGAAUGCGCAUAAACAAGAUGGCAAAUGAAAUCAGCUGAAAUUAGUCGCAACUGAUUUGAACAGUUUUUUAAUAACUUCAGUUGUAUUUAAAAAACUAUGGUUAAAACUAAAGAAUAUAUCUGUAUAAACUGAUAAAUAAUUCAACAUAUUAAUGAAAUAUUUUUGAGGAAUUCAAAAUUAUGUCAACUGCAACUCCAGUAUCAAAAACUUGGAAAGAAAUUAAUCGUUUACAUAAGGAACAACGAAAAAAAUGGCGGGAAGAGAGGUUAGCAAAAAAAUUUAAGAAAGAAGAAAGUACGAAAGAUUCACAAGAUGAAGAGAUAAAACCUGUUGAAGAACACUUCGAGAAAAAAGAUGUGUCAACGGUUAGUAUUGCGGUUCCUGGAUCAAUUUUGGACAAUGCCCAGUCCGUAGAGUUACGAACGUAUCUAGCUGGGCAAAUAGCACGUGCAGCAUGUAUUUACAAAAUAGACGAAAUUGUUGUUUUCGACGACAAAGGAGAAGUAACGGAAAGUGAAAAGAAAAAACUAAGGACGGACGAGGUAUUGGGAGAAAGAAGAAUUGGUUGUUUACAAUUAGCUAGAAUAUUGCAGUAUCUCGAGUGUCCACAGUACUUAAGAAAAUAUUUCUUUCCAAUUCAUAAAGAUUUGCAAUAUGCUGGAGUGUUAAAUCCUUUAGAUGCUCCACAUCAUCUCCGUCAACAAGAUGUUUCUUUGUAUCGAGAAGGAGUAGUUACAAAUAAACCAGUUAAAGCUGGUAAAGGUUCAUAUGUUAAUGUGGGAUUACUGAACGAUGUUUAUGUAGAAAAAGUAUUAACUACUGGAUUGAGAGUUACUGUCAAAAUACCAGAGAACCAAUCAAAUCCCAAGAAGUUAAAAGCAUUCAUUGUACCUCCUGACAUACCUAAAUCUGAUACUGGUACUUAUUGGGGAUAUACAGUGAGAUUAGCUAAUAAUCUUACGGAAGCAUUAACACAAUGUCCUUAUAAAAGUGGAUAUGAUUUGACAAUUGGAACUUCAGACAAAGGAAAACCUAUUGAUGAUACAGAACCUCAUAGCUUGGAAUAUCAUCACGUACUGGUCAUUUUUGGAGGUUUAAGUGGAUUAGAAGCUGCACUAGAUGUUGAUCCAAACUUGGAUGUGGAUGAUCCAUCUUUGCUGUUUGAUAAAUAUUUAAAUACCUGCCCUCAACAAGGAUCAAGAACUAUAAGAACAGAGGAAGCUAUUUUGAUAAGUCUAGCAGAAUUAAGAAAGAAAUUAUCUCCCAGAGUCAUUCCGUUACCCGUUCCACAGGUUAAUGAUUCUGUUUAAGUGCUACUCCAACCUUUUGUUGAAAGAAAGAACCCAAGUUUUUGUAGUUUAAUAUAUUGAUAAAAUAGUACUUGAAAACUUUCAAGCCAUUUAAUGUAUAAAUUGUAUACCUUCAUUCCUGAUUCUCGUACUUUUCUGCAAACUAGUGGAAUAUCUUUCACUGGUUCCACAUGGAAUGUGUACUGAUUGACACCAGCAUCAGCCAUAGGUUCUAUCCACUAUAAAAAAAUUUAUUACGUUUUUGUAAGCGAUAGAAUAUUUUUAAUUAAUAAACUAAAAUCAUUUAUUAGGAAUUCAUUAAGAAUCACAUAAUUUAUAUUUUAUAAACAUAAAAUAAAAAUUCGAAUAUAAUAAAAAAUUUGAGCAUACCUGUUCUGGAUUAGAGACCAUCAUAUGGGUUUCCAAAAAUGCAUCUUUUACUUUAUUACGGAGGCAUUUUACUAAUGGAUGGCCGAAAGUAAGGUUAGGUACAAAAUGCCCAUCCAUAACAUCUAAAUGUAAAUAAUCAGCACCAUUGUUAAUCAAUCGCUGAGAUUCUUCUGAUAACUGUCCCAAAUCGGCAUUCAAAAUCGAAGGUCCAAUCUUGGCAGUAAUCUUUUUUCCCAUUUUUACUUUGUAAAUACUACGAACACGUGCUUUCUUGUGAAUGAUGAUAUAGCGCUAUCGAAUAUGGAUAAUUGCCAAGGUCAUUUGUAGAUGAGUUUCUUUGGAUAAUACUCGUAACAUUUCAGAAACAUGUAGAAAGUUCGUUACUUUAGAAAUUAAGUAGUAUAUAAGUUGUACAAAAGGGAAUAAAUAAAUCACAAAUUUAUAAACACUGUA